AUGAAAAUAAAACAUAAAAAAAUCCUUGAAUUUACAGAUGAACAUAACCUUUCAUGGUCGAUUAAACUACGUCGGGAUUCACUUUACGUAGAAAUUCCUCAACAAUUAUGUGAAGGAUCAAAAGAAAAAUUUAUUAAUCUUCUUGAAUUUGCUGAUGAUACAUUGAAAUGUAAAAAUGUGAUUGUAUAUUUUGAUAAAACACGUUCUGAUCGUGCAUCUUUAGUAAGAACAUUUAUGUUUUUGGGUUUUCAUAUUUUAUCACCUGACAAUACAUUAAUGUUAGCUAAUGAUAAAAAUCCCGAUCAAUUAUUCAUGAUUUAUAUAAACGAUAAUGAUGAAUAA